UUGCUUGCUCAUGUUAAAUACGUUCUUGACGCUAUGAAGUUGGAUCGACGACCAAAAGUUCUCCUCAAAAUAGCCCCCGACCUUGCACCAACUGAAAAACGAGACAUUGCGCAGGUAGUUAUGGAUAGGAAGUACGGCGUUGAUGGUCUGAUUGUCUCCAACACAACUAUUUCUCGCCCUGAAACUCUCAAAAGCGAGUUCAAAAACGAGAAGGGAGGUUUGAGUGGAGCUCCUGUUCGCAAAAUAAGUACCGAUUGCAUUAAAGAAAUGUACAAGCUCACUGGUGGUCGCAUCCCGAUAGUUGGAUGUGGGGGUAUAUCAAGCGGUGAAGAUGCUUACGAAAAGAUUCGAGCAGGAGCCACCGUUGUCCAGCUUUACAGUGCGCUUGCUUUUCAUGGUUUUCCUGUUAUUGGAAAGGUAAGAAAUAACGACGUUACGAACUUGAUCGUACCUCAACUCUGUUUUUUGAUGUUUGUGAAAAGGAUUCAUUUUCUGCGCUAG